GGCUCAUUGACAAUUUGCACUUUAGUGGUGUUGCAAUAAAUUUGUAUUAUCUUUUUGACCUUUAUCCUUGUCAUAAAAUAUAAUUAUCAUUUAUACGUAAUCUAUAAUAAUCGAAGGCUCCAUAAUUUAUGCGACUAUUCAAAAUAUAAUUGUAUCAGUUUUUUAUUCAAAUGAUAAUUUCACUUACCUUUUAGAUAUGAUCAGACAAUACAUUCCGUUGUUAUUUAAGAACAAAAACUUAUUUGUUUCUUUCAACAGAAAUAUGUCUGUACAAGUAAAUGAUGUAAUUUUAGAAGAUGUACAAAAUAAGGGCGUAAUUACACUGAACAGACCAAAAGCCCUUAAUGCACUUAACCUAUCGAUGAUAGAAAAAGUUCAAGCAGCAUUAAAAGAAUGGGAAAACAAAAAGUGUUUAGUUUUAGUUAAAGGAUCGGGAGAGAAGGCGUUUUGUGCUGGAGGAGAUGUUAGAGCCGUAGCAGAAGCAGGAUUAAAAGGUGAAAAAUCGUUAGGUGAAGAGUUUUUCAAAAAGGAAUAUGCAACCAAUAAUCUCAUUGGCGCAUACAAAAUUCCGUAUAUUGCAUUUAUAGAUGGUAUAGUGAUGGGUGGUGGUGUAGGAUUGUCUGUACAUGGUCGUUAUAGAAUAGUGACAGAAAGAACACUUUUUGCCAUGCCUGAAACACAAAUAGGCUUUUUUCCAGAUGUGGGAGGCUCAUACUUUUUACCAAGAUUGGCAGGGAAACUUGGUUUGUAUUUAGGUCUAACUGGUCAGAGAUUAAGAGGUUCUGAUGUUGUUAAAGCUGGAAUUGGAACACAUUUCUGUGAAAGUAAAGAUCUCAAAGAUUUAGAACAAGCACUACUUGAUGAUUGUGCAAGUGAUACUGAUAUACAAAACGUUUUAUUGAAAUUUUGUAAAACGAAUCUGCCCCCAUUUUCAUUAGAAAGUAACAUAAAUAAAAUAAAUGAUUACUUUGCAGCCAGCACUGUUGAGGGUAUUGUAACCAAAUUAGAGAAAGAUGAUAGUAAAUGGGCUCAAGACACACUUUCUUUGUUGAGGAAAAUGUCUCCGACUAGUUUAAAAGUAACAUUUAAGCAAAUAGAUUUGGGUCAACAUUAUAAUUUAAGCGAGUGCUUGCAAAUGGAAUAUAACAUGUGUAUGUCCUUCUUGAAGAAUAAAGAUUUCUAUGAAGGUGUUAGAGCACUAUUAAUUGACAAAGACCAAUGUCCUAAUUGGAGUCCUAAAAAAUUAGAAGACGUUUCUGAAGCAGCUGUCGACAAGUACUUUUCAAAUUUACCAAAAUUGAAAAUUAAGAUGUAGUUUUCAAAUAAUAGGAGUAAUUUUGUUAUUUUUUAAUAAAUGUAUAUUUUUAUAUAAAUGUGAUUCUAAAAUCAAUUGAUUAAUAUACUUCCCUCUAAUUUU